AUCAAUCUUGAGGAAAUGAAACGUAGCAUUGAUUUACGCGAUAUUGAAAAUGAUGUUUAUAUUUAUAUCCAAAAGAUUUUUUAUUGGCCAUUAUUUUUAAUAUUUGGGGUUAUAUUGACUCUGAAUGCGCCGUUGGAAUAUUGGGACGAAUCAAUCAUUGAUGCUAUAUUAAUAACAGGAUUGCUACGAUUUGCUAUUACGAUAAAUAUAUCUUGGUUAGUGAAUAGUGCAUACUUGGUCUGGAACAUUCAGGAAGGAGAAAGGUUAAUACACAUUAUAAAUAUAAUUAGUAGUAAUGUUUUGUACAAAAGAAAUGAAUCUCUGUUCCUUAAAAUACGAAAAAGCCACGACACAUUUAUCGACACGGAUGUCAUACAUUUUAAAUAAUAUAUCAUUGCAAUC